AUAGGAGACUUUUAAUGUCUGCAAUGAUUUUACUAAGUUCCAGUAUGAAUAUUUAUGUAAUCUUCAACAGAAUGUGAUGAAAGAAAGGGAAGAUUCAAAGCAAAAAGAGAAGCAAACACAAAAAAGAUGUCCCCUCACCGGAACCCAAAGCAAAGCAUCUCAUCAAGUUUACUUCAUCAUAGACUCAAACUAACCAACCAUUAUCCAUUUGACUACUUUUUCUAUCACAUCUAAGAAGCAAUGGAGCAAACCCCUCUUGUGGUGGCUUCAAUACUCAAUGGAACUUUGCUUCUCGUUGCAUUCGCUCUUAUCCAAGAAGCACAUGCAACUGCAAAAAUCGGUGUUAAUUAUGGAACAGUCGCAAACAACCUUCCUCCACCUUCUGAGGUAGCAAAAUUCCUCUCCAAAUCCACCACAAUCAACAGGGUCAGAAUCUUCGACGCCAACCAUGAAAUUCUACACGCUUUUGCCAACACCGGCAUACAGGUAACCAUAACUGUCCCCAACGACCAAAUCCCCCAAAUAACUAACUUAACCUUCGCACAGCAAUGGCUCAAAACCAACGUCCAACCGUUCCUCCCCGCCACCAAACUAAUCCGAAUCCUCGUCGGCAACGAAGUGCUCUCCACCGCCAACAAACUCCUCAUCAGCAACCUCGUACCCGCCAUGCAAACCCUUCACGUGGCCCUCGUCACAGCGUCGUUGGACAACAACGUUAAAGUCUCAACUCCACACUCUUUGGGCAUUUUGUCAAACUCAAGCCCUCCCUCAUCAGCCAAGUUCAGACAAGGCUACGACAUGCACAUUAUCAAACCCAUGCUUAGUUUUCUCAAAGAUUCCGAUGCACCCUUCAUGGUUAACCCUUACCCUUUCUUCGGAUCCUCUGCCACCAACCUUGAUUAUGCACUCUUUCGGACCAAUUCGGGUGUAUUCGACGACAACACCAAUCUCCGAUACACCAACAUGCUGGACGCGCAACUCGAUGCUGUUUAUUCCGCGCUGAAGGUUUUGGGCUUUGAGGACGUUGAGAUUGUCAUUGCCGAAACGGGCUGGCCCUCCCUCUGUGAUCCGGCCCAAAUUGGUGUUGGCCCGAAGAUUGCUUCUGAGUACAAUGGAAAUCUCAUACGACACGUCAAUUCUGGGGUUGGAACACCACUCAUGCCUAACAGAACUUUCGAUACCUAUAUUUUUGCUUUGUUUGAUGAAAAUUUAAAGCCCGGCCCAACUUGUGAGAGGAAUUUUGGGCUCUUCUGGCCCAAUAUGACUCUAGUUUAUGAUAUCCCGAUAAUGAGGAGCUAUGCAGCUGUAGUUGGUGAUAGAGAUUAUUAUAAAGUUUUUUUCUCAUUCAUGAUCGUGUUCAACUUCAUUUGUACAUCAUGGGUUUAAAUUUGUUUUUUAGAACCUGUGAAAUUCGGAAAUGUUGCUGAAACGACACCCAACCCUCAAGCUUUCGAAUCUCAAAACUGUGGCAACUGAAGUGGUUGAUCUUUCUGAGGUGAUUUCUUUUACUUUCAUAAGUGUAUAUCUUUUACUAUUAUCCUUGUCUUUCUAAUCGAUAAUUCAAACGCCUUUCUUUAUGAUUCAGACUUCCUCACAUACCCAAAUGAGAUUAUACACUUUUUUUCAUGAUUUUAGAUAUAUGGAGUCAUUUGUAACAAUGGUAUGAUAGUAUCUUGGGAAGAAUCUGUAAAUUCAUAGAGUUAGGAUUCCAAGUGAUUAAGUGUUACUUUAGUUUUUUUCUUCUCCAGCAGAACUGAUUUAGAUUAUAAUUUGCACAGUAUUUCG